ACCAGAGCGGAGGCUGCGGACGGGAGGCGCGUCAUGGAGGGGAUGCAGGCAUACGGAGCGGGAAAAGCGGGGGGAACCUUCGACCCCGUCACCUUCUUCCAGCAGCCUCAGACCAUUCUGCGGGUCGUGUCUUGGCUCUUCUCCAUCGUCAUCUUCGGCUGCAUUGCCAACGAGGGUUACAUCAACCGCCCCAAAGAAGUGGAGGAGUACUGCAUCUUCAAUCGGAACCAGAACGCCUGUAACUAUGGCGUCUUCAUGGGCUCCAUGGCCUUUCUCUGCUGCAUGGCCUUUCUCGCUCUGGACGUCUACUUCCCCCAGAUCAGCAGCGUGAAGGAUCGCAAGAAAGCUGUGCUGGCCGAUAUCGGCGUGUCAGCCUUCUGGUCCUUCAUGUGGUUUGUGGGAUUCUGCUUCCUGGCCAACCAGUGGCAGGUGACUAAGCUUGAGGACAACCCGCUGAGGGAGGGAGGGGACGCUGCCCGGGCAGCCAUCACCUUCUCCUUCUUCUCGAUCUUCACCUGGGCGGGCCAGUCUUUCCUGGGCUUUCAGAGGUACAAGCUGGGGGCCGACUCGGCCCUUUUCUCCCAGGAUUACACGGACCCCAGCCAGGACGCGGCUGGAGCUCCUUACACCUCCUUCGGUGGUGACGACCUGGAGAGCCCUGGAGGAGGAGGGGGCCAGUCCAACAGCGAUGGAGCCUUUGAUGGCACUGGGGGAUAUCAGCGCCAGGACUACUGAGAAUUUGGUAGAAAUGUAGUUGGAAGAUUCUAAUCAAGUUGCCCAAAGUUUCUGAUUUUUUGUGUUGUAUUGUUUCUACCACAUUAAAAAAACUGGUCGACAAUUGGUCCAGUUUGGAUUUCUGUGGCACUAACACAGAACUGGAUUGUGUUUAAGUACCAAUGGGUUGUUCUGAAUCAGACACAAGCAGCUCAAGUUUUACUGUCAAAUCUAAACAAAGGUAUUAUUAAAGGUGCAUAUUAGUGUACAAAUUAUAAGAAAUACAAGAAAUAGUAAAAUUAUUAAACAGAUGUUAAAGAGACACUGGUUUGAUCAGAGAUGGUGGUUGGAUUUUUGUCCAACACUUUUCUGUUGUACCUGCAACAUUUAAAUGACGCAUUUUAUUCAUUGCGAUUUAAAGUGAUUGGGAGAAGCCAUUAGAAAACUCCAUGCCGUUGGCAAUGCACUUUUUGGAUUUGAACAUUUGUUAAUCUAAGUUUAGCUCAGAAAUCUUGGGCAACUUUCCAGAUUUGGUGAGGUACAGGUAGCAGCUGGGGAAGGGAAUAAGAGGUCAGUCAUGCAAAUCUGCAGCUAAAACAAAGGAGGCAGCGGGUUUAUCAGUGGAAACGAGACACUGGGUUGGACUGGAGGUUUUAUAGUUGAGGGUGUUAGAAAUGGGAUCAGGGGAUCGAGGGUUUGCUCAACGGUCACCCUGUACCAGAUCAAUGCUUGUGACCACAUUGCCUUCAUCUUCUGAGGUCUGCUGUAAGUCAGCAAAAUCACUAGCUCAGUGUUAGUUGAACACAUUCUUAAACCCACACAACAGACACAUGCACAACCACAGGUCCAGGGCAUAUUGAUUUUGAACCGAUGAAACACAACUUUCUGCUGACUAAACUCCUCAGAGGUGCAUUAGAGGAUUUCAGUGUGGACAAGCAACAGUGGCGUAACUGGCAACUAAUCCCCUCAGCUGUAAAAUGGGAGUGAGCUUGUGUGUGUUUCUUCAGAGGUUUAGUCUACUUUUCUUGUGGGUAUUGGGGAAAGUAUGGAUUUCCGUGCUCCCCAAUAAAUCCAAUUUUUCUUUCCUUAACUGUUGCCUUAGUGCUGACUGCCAAGCAAAAUCCAAGAGACACACGGCAACAACACCCUGACAUGAUCACAGUUCCAGUUUGGCAUCUUUAGGAUGAAAGCAUAUAACUGAAUUUUUUCCAUCCUUUACCAAGUACAAACGCUAAAUUAAACCAAGUUUUUGCAUAUCACUGUCAUUAUAGAGCAUCCCUGAAAAUACAAAUUGCCAGUCUUAUAUCAGGAGACCAGCAGACAGCUUACUGAUAACCUGCAGGUUAUUUAUGUGAUUUCCCCUUGAUUUCAACCUACUUAUGAACAUACAUUACUCCAUUUAAAGAAAUAAUAAAUAUAAAUUUCUCUAUAAAUACAUGUAAAUUCUAAAUUCAGUAUAUUUAAGUGGUUAAAAUAUGCUUUAUUUUAGGGUAUUUUGCUAAAAAAUAACAAGAAGGACGAUCUAUGGUCUGUUGAGUGUUGUGAUAAAAUACAUGGUGAGGUCAUUCAUGCCUCUUAUGUUGCUUUCAGGGCAAGAUGUUUUUAUUUUGGGAUAAUAAUAAUAUCUUUAAAAAAUACAGCAACAAAAAUGUGACCAAAUUAUUCAAGUAUAUAUGCAGAUAUAUACUUUAUACUGUACAACCACGUAGACAUGUGUGUUCUUCUGUGAACUCUGUUAAACAAGCAAAGUAGAAAUAUUAAGAAAAAAAAACUUGUACAAUUGUAUGUUUUCAUGUGUUUGGUUUUAACCAACAAAAAUAAAGAAAAUACUGUUAAAAAUGUAA